GUUACUGGGUUUCACUUUGGCAGCGUGGCGAGAAACGCCGUUGUAUGAAACUAUUUGUCCCGUUCAUUAUGUCAGACUUUUUACACGGAUACGAAACAGUCGACUUGACGGCCAAAAGAUUGGAGAAUGGGCAAGGUGUGGAAGUGAACAUCGCCAUCACUGGUGCAUCGGGAACUGGAAAAUCAAGCUUUAUCAACACCAUACGAGAGUAAGUGCACUUUACCAAAAUCUAUCGGACUUGUUAAGUCAGCCUUUUAUAUGUAUCAGCACCGAUAAAUCUUCUCACACUCUGUUCCGUGUUAGGUCUUAAACUUUUGCUAGUCACUAGCAUGCACUUAACAAAUACGAUUUAGGGACUCGCUCUGGGAGUAUGUUUGGUUUUACUCAAAAGCACAUGAAAUAGACCAACUUUUCAAAUACAUGAGAGUUGUUUCUCCCCAAAAUUCAUCACAGCAUAAUACCAGUUUCCACUAUAAGCAAUAUCUUCCAGGGUUGACCAUGUUUGUCGGGUUCACUUUCUCUUUCGAACCGGAACCGAACAAAACCGAAAGUGUUGCUAAGGAAGUUUCACCGCGGGCGAAAAAAGUGACUGAAGUGAGCUCCCAGACGUAUUAGGGAGCUUAAGCAAAGACGUUUUUGUCCGACGCACGUCAACCGGAAGUGAGCCUUUCUUCCUUUUUAUAUGCCUUGACGCUAACAAAUCUGUAUUGCUAAGUUUCUUUUCUCUUAAAAAGACGAUUUACCCGAGUGUUUCAAACAAACCACUGCCCAGUGAUACAAAAAGUCCACUUCCGGUUGACGUCCGUCGCUCAAAAACGCUGUUGCUUAAGCUCCCUAUUCUUGGAGGGUUGGACUGCGACACUUUAUAAUUAUAGCAGAGUUUUAGCAAAUUUGGCGUGAGUUUAAGGUCCAUCUAAUGUUCCCGCGGUAAUCAAGUGAAUGUACCUUUUUCGAAGCACGUGGAACAGUAUGUUUGUUCGAUUCGAUUUGUGCUAGCCUGCAUUACAAGUAACUAAUAUGCUUCAUAUACAUUGUAUGAACUUCUUCACUCAACAACAACCUCUUGCAAUAUAUACUGUAAUUAAUCCACGCAUUUAUUAGGACUUGGUAAUAAAUUUAGGGUUAAAAUAAUAAAUACAACAAAACCCCAGACAAAAAACCUGCAUUUUUCCCCUUAAUAGUAAUUAGCACAAAUUUUGGCUAUUUAGGUCAUAAAUAGGUUUGUGGCAAAAAAUACAUAAUUUGUAGCUUUAAGAGUGUUUAGUGCAUGAUGUUCAGCUUAUUCCUUAUUGUAGUUGGAGUGAUGAGGCACGUAUGUCUACAAACAGGAUCCUGAAUGUUGACUUAUUUGUCCAAGUGUACAGAAUGUUUUUAUAGAUUUUAGAAAAUAAAAACCUGUUUCAAAUUCUGGGCUCAGCGGGUUCUUGUAUAGAGGGGUCUAGCUGGCAAAUUUUAGCCUAACACGUUCUUAAAAACCAGGUUCUUAGUCGCAGGUUUUUACUGUAUGUAGGUAAUUACAGUGAGUUUACAAAGUUUAAAUUAAAGCAUGUCUGUUACAUUUGUUAACAAACGUAAUUAUGAUGGCUUGUUUUCAAAGCUUAACUUAGUAGGAAACUGCAUGUCACGCUCCAAAGUACUAUUCAUCAAGAUGAUCCAACUAAAGGUUUUAAAAUUUUGUCUAUAAACACCAUAGAGCAAAGAAUGUUAACCCAAACCAUUAAAAUUUCUGUUCAUUUUUAUGAGGGAGUAACUACCUUCAGAAAAUUUGCUGUAUCUUAUACCUUGAAAUGAGGAUUCCUUUGCAGCUGGUUAUCUUUCACCUAACACUUUUACGCCUAAACGUUUAUAGACAGAAAAUUUAGAAACGGAGCUGCCUGCCAGAGAAGCCAUUUAAACGAAAGACACAUUAUCCACCCUCAGUCUAAGAUGUUUUGUGGAUCAUGAUUCGAUUCAAAUCAAAAUUUUAACAGAAUACUUUAAUUCAAGUUUGACAGCUGUACACAGUGUCAACAGAAAAUUUAUGGCACAGAUAAUCUUGACAUUAGUUGGUUCGAUCAAAAUAAAAUUUUUCAACACCGAGAGAGUCUAUUUUAGCGUUUUACAAGACUCUCACGUUCUGGAAAUUCAGCAGUAACCCUAAAAUGUCCAAAAUAUACAGUGCUAUAACCUCAGGUCCAACUUAAAAAUGAAAUGUUCGAUCGAUCAACAUCGUGUCGAGUUUUAAUUUAAGCAUCAAAUGUGGGACAGUACGCUUUUACUACAAAACUGCCUCUUCCGUGCCACUCCAUACAAGUUAAUUUAUAUGCCAAAACAAGUCAAAGAAUAUUGCUUUCCCUGCAAUAUAAUUUUCCGUUGCACCGAUAGGCAGGAGACUUAAACCAAGUGCAAACCUCUGCGAUGAACAGCGUGUAUGUGAGCUCAGAUUUAGCAGUCAAAUUAUUUGUUUUGAUCAAUGAAAAGGCGCCCGAAACGGUAAGCUACCUCUUUCCUGCAACUAGCU